GGUAACUCCAUACGCACUAGCAACGAGGAUUGCGGGCUUAAGAUGAAGGCACCUGGGGACUAUUGUCAUUUCGGUCGACUGCGAUUUCUGCUGAUGAUGAUAUCCCUCAGCGGUGUUCUAACUAUAGUACACCCUUCUGCAGCGCCUCCUAACAGGAUCAUUGACGAUUCAUCGUGGCCAUCUAGUUUGCGACUGUCGCAGAGGAGAUAUAGUGUGCCCUUCAUCGAAUAUCUGGCUAUCCUUCACGGAACACCCAUCAGGUGACAGUGCUCGCUUUGGUGCCUGGCAGACGCACGAAGUCCUUUUUAUUGUCUUGUUGUUCCUCACCUGAUACUCUUAUCAUGUCCCCCGCGGCUCCGCUCGGUACUGCAUAUAGGUAUGCUACUACAAUACAUCUUAUUAUCUAUCUGGUAGUGAAUCUGGCGGAUGGACGUCGUGCCGACACACCAACAUCGCUGGUGUAUCUCACAAUGGCUGACGCGUAUCACACAUAACAUAUACUAUGUCGUGUUUAACUCUUAUAUACAUAAUUCGGC